CCAAAACUUCCCCGUUGCCGUCUCUCCUCGAUCCAUCCAUCCAUCGCCUCAGCUUAAAACCUCGCCUCCGACCGAAUCCACUCCGCCUCUCCCUCAAUUCCGCCCUACCGAAACCGCUAAGCAAGCCACUGCACGAAUCGAUUGUGGUGAUGGAGAAGACGAAGCUGCAGCUCCCGCUGGUGCACAACGAGCGGCUGUGGGCGCGGCCGUGGCGGUGGGCGAAGACGGUGUUCUUCCUCGUGUCCAUGCUCGCGUCGCUGCUGCUCGUCUGCGCGCCGCCGCUGCUCGUCGUCGUCCUCGACCUGCUCCUCCCGCCCGCGCUGCUCUCCAACUUCCACCGCGCGGCGAUCCACCCCGCCUCGCUCCUCGACCAGGCCAGGGCCUUCCACUUCGGCUCAUCGCUCGUCGACCUGCCCGCCGUCUCCGCCGCCCGCUCCCUCCUCAUCCUCUGCGCGUACACGGCGUGCGGCGGUGGCGCGGCCUACCUGUGGGUGGCCGUGGCGUGCAGCGUCGGCUCCGUCUGCUACGUCCUCGCCAAGGCCGCCGUGGUGUUCGGCCCGGCGCACGACGCCGCCGGCCUGGGGCUGCAGGGCAAGGGGCAGCUCGUCGCCGUGGAGGCCAUGUUCCUCAUGUCGUUCGCGCUCGCCGCCGCCCACAUCGCCAUGGCCUACCGCGCCAGCUGCCGCGAGCGCCGGCGCCUGCUCGUCUACAGAAUCGACGUCGAAGCUGUAAGGCUGAAGGGAGGACAAACGCCCAAGUCCCUGAAGCAGCAGUUCGCCGUAUGACACUCGCCUGGUCGUCGCAGCCGGGCACAAACUGAAGAAUGAACGCCAAUAUCUUCAGUUUCAGACGAGCAGGCAAUGGCCUGCAGGGUUCGCUCCUCCGGUCUCAAAAUUUUGGUUCGAGUAGCUGUGUACAGUGUACACUACGAUCGCUCACUGUGACUCAAAAGUGAAAAUAGUGUAAAGAAGAUGUAAAUACGAAACAUUUGUGCUUCGGCCUCCUGCAGUCAAUGCAAAAAAUGGGAUGAGCCGUUCGGCAGA